CCGAGCGGCGAAACGGUGAGCAGCGUAUAGAGCGGAGUAGGAAGAGAGCGAGAAGGGCGCGUGUACGUGCACGAGUGUGUUCGGGCGCGUACGCGUCGAUACGUACGCGAAGAUGCUUCGCUCGGGAGCCUUCGACGAGCGUGUGUCAGUGUAGCGAUGGCGGAGAUCCAUUGAUGCUUCGAGGAGCCGUGCGCGGCGCCACGGUCAAAGGGGGCGGACGAUCGGGGCAUUGGACGUGGAGGAGGGGCGUGGCGAACGAUCGUCCUCCCACUCCGUCCCGGUGCACCGCGGUGAUUGACAGUUGGCGAACGACUGCGGACGGCGCAGGAUCUAAACGCAACGCGCUUCCACGGCUCGCUUCGCUCCUUCGUCGCGAUUACUAUUUAACCCGUAAAGCAACACGGCGCGCGCGGUUUAUAUAUUAUUAUAUUAUUACGAACGAUAUUGUAAUCUCGGGGGUCCCUCGCGCGUUCCACCUUCGCUCAUUGUUCGCGAUACUCAACACCGUCCUCGUUUCUCCUUUUAACGCGAUUUUUUAUUUAUUUACUCGACACCUGGAACACGGGCUUAAACGCGCGCCCGCGUGCCAACAACGUCCGCCGGAAUAAACAACGCUACGGAUAAAGCCUUCCGAUCUCGUCACCGAUCGUCGCACUGACUACGCCGCACCCCCACCCACCCCCUCCCCCCUCCCGCCCCGAUCAACCCCUUCCUCGCUCUCUCUCUCUCUCUCUCUCUCUCUCUCGCUUUUUCCGCGCCACCAAGAUUCUUAACUCGUGCGAAGUCGCGCGGGACAUCGUGAUCGGGUUAUCGGGCUAAACGCGCGUGUUCGACGUCGCUCGCCGGAAGCUGCUGUUAUACCACCGGGAAGACGCUACUCCCGAGGAAUCAUUGUUAACGAGAAUGCCUGCGGGGAAGAACCCCCCGUAAAUACCUCACACGAUACACUUAUUCUAAGGUGAUAAGAAUAAUACGCGUGCUACAACAACUCCCGACGAGAUAGCAGGCUCAACGUGUGUCGUCGUCGUCGUCGUCGUCGUCGUCGUCGUCGCACUCGCUAAAGGAUUAAUGUACAUACGCUGAUACAUGCAUACUUACUUGUGCGACGAGCUCUGCUCAACGAGCGUCCAUGUGCAACGGGAUAUGUAACGAGAGUUAUCGAGAUUAUCGGAGACGAAAAAACAUAAAUAUAAACAGAAGACGGCCGGCCUCUCAUCUACGACUAUCAGCCUUCUCGUGGUUCUUAUUCAGAGUGUGAUUCGAGUGUGUUUGUGCGUUCGUGUAUAUCCAUAUAUAUAUAUAUAUAUUUUUAUUUAUAUACAUAUAUGUAUACGCUCGUCGUGUGUGCGCGUGUGUUUCUCUUCCUCUCCUGUCUCUGAUUGUUACUACGGUGUAACGGAAAUUCCUCGGCGGUCACCGCACGAGUGUCUUAUUUAUUGGUAUACGUCACGACGGUGUCGUCGAUCUGCGACUAUCCGUAAUAUCGUAUUCCUCGCUCGAAAAACCAGCUGAAAGACGCAACGAAAAUACGUUCGGUUGAGGGAUUCGAAGACGUAUUUGUCGAGCAAGAACGUAAGCGGAGCAAUAUCUCCGUUGUUCGGGGCUGCGGAUCGAGAUUUUCGACACUCUGAAUUUUUGGGUCGAGUCGCCGAAGCCGAGUGGCGGGAAUGAAAAGAUCGAGGGAGAAUUUGCCGUGGUCGGAGCUACGUUAACCUCCUGGAGAGUGAGACGAUUCGUGAAUAUUUAGUGCACUUGAAAGUGAAGAAUUUCAUUAUUUUUGUUCAGUUUAUUUGUUUGUUCGUAGCGUGAUCGUUCGUUCGUGAGCUUGCCAAACGGUUUGACAGGUAUCGGGUUCUUCAGUUAAGUGACAGUGCGCGGGAACAGGCAAGAUUUACAUACUCCGGUGUAUGUAAAAAAUCGUGUGAAUAAUCGUCGCUCAGGGGUUACUUGCUCUCCGGUAAAUAUCGGCACGUGCCGAAAGCUCCAGCAGGAAUUUGUUUCUCCCGACUCCUCGGCAUGACUCGAUCUUCUCGCUGAAGCCCCGAAAAAAUCGAUCGCUUUUCGUUCAAGGCGAUAACACCACCCUCUCUCCCGAAGGAGCCUCAGAGAAUAAUUAAGUCGACACAAGAAAUAUCAGCGAGCGGAGCAACGAUGAGGAAGGACGAGAACACGAAUUCGUCCCUAGCGACGCUGCAUUGCUGACGCCGCUCGCGGCCGGUUAAUACUUGUCCCGGGCCUCUUAAAAUAAGCCAACGAGAGAGCUCAACUCCAGCAGAAAUAUAAGCCUCGGCGACCCAAGCAUCGUCCAGGGGGAACUUGACUCGAUCGGCAUUGGCUAUUUUUCGAGAUCGAAACGUUCGAGAUAUUCCAUCAUUCGCCGGGGCACAACGGAAAUAUAAACUACGAGCCCUUGUACCAUUGGCGCCGGAGGCGAUCCCGGUCGCGAAGUCCCGGGUCGUACGUCGACCGGGAGGAGGUGUCGACCAAACACCUCGCGUCGAUUUAAACUCGUACGCUGCGAGUAUAUCGUUGUUUAUACACGAAAGGUAUAUUACGAACCGGGAAAAGUUGAUACGGGUUAAGAGACCGAAAAAGGUCGAAUAAACGAGAGACCUCUAAAGUGGUGCAAGUUCGAGAGAUAAAACCUCGUCGUUGCGAGAGAGCGCUCCGAGAGAAGGGUGCCGCGAGUGUAUUUAGGGGGUUGUAUCUUCGUUACUCUGGGAAAAUACAGCCGCUACGGUGGCUCAGCACGCAGAGUUCCCCGGCGCGGCCAGGGCGUUCAUGGCGCAGCCAAGGUACGACGAUGGCGCGCUGCACGGGGGUUACCUCGAGGGUGGCGGCGGAGGUGGUGGUGCAGGGCUGUACGAUCCUCACGGAAACGCGCGAGGUGUAUCGGGACUCCAUCACAGCCCUCACCUCGGUGGUAUGGGGCCGACGCAUCCUCAGUAUCCACCUCCACCACCCCAACCUCCGCAGCACGUAUUAGCAGCGGCAGCGGCUGCCGCCGCCUCUGCCUUACCCGAGGUCCAGAAACGCGACAGAGACGCCAUUUACGGGAUCGAUUCUAUUUUUGGACAUCCCCUGUUCCCGUUGCUCGCACUAAUAUUCGAAAAGUGUGAACUCGCGACGUGCACGCCACGUGAGCCCGGUGUUGCGGGCGGUGACGUUUGUUCGUCCGAGAGUUUCAACGAGGACAUUGCGGUCUUCUCAAAACAGAUCAGACAAGAGAAGCCUUACUACAUUGCCGACCCGGAGGUAGAUUCGCUGAUGGUACAAGCGAUUCAGGUCCUCCGGUUUCACCUCCUCGAGCUCGAAAAAGUGCACGAGCUUUGCGACAACUUCUGUCAUCGAUACAUAAGUUGUCUAAAGGGAAAAAUGCCGAUCGAUUUGGUAAUCGACGAUCGGGAGAGCACGAAACCACCGGACAUGGGUAACGGUCUCGACGGUGGUCCACGAAGUACAGCGGACAGUACGAGCCACACGGACGGAGCAAGCACCCCGGACGUCAGGCCACCUUCCUCGUCACUAUCGUACCCAGGACCGGGUGGUAAUGACGAUGCCCGUAGCCCCGGAAGCGGGGGAACACCAGGACCCCUCAGUCAACAAGCACCGACCAGUCUGGACUCAUCCGAUCCUGACGCCAUGGGCAAAUGGUGUCCGCGUAGAGAAUGGAGCUCGCCACCGGACGCGCAAAGAGCAGCGAGUGACGCGGCGCGACGAGGCGUACUAUAUUCAUCCGUAUUUCUCGGCAGUCCUGGUGACGCGAGUAAUGCGAGUAUCGGAAGUGGUGAAGGUACGGGCGAGGAGGACGACGACUCGUCGGGUAAAAAGAACCAAAAGAAACGGGGUAUAUUUCCAAAAGUUGCGACGAACAUCCUCAGGGCUUGGCUGUUUCAACACCUCACGCAUCCCUACCCUUCGGAAGACCAGAAAAAACAGCUGGCACAGGACACGGGGCUGACGAUCCUUCAAGUCAACAAUUGGUUCAUUAAUGCGAGACGCAGAAUCGUUCAACCGAUGAUCGACCAGAGCAACAGAGCCGUUUUUCCGCCAUUGUCCGCAGGUCCGAGCGGGGCGUACAGUCCUGACGCGACGAUGGGCUACAUGAUGGACGGACAAGCAGCGAGCAUGAUGCACCGACCUCCUGGUGAUCCAACCUUCCACAACCAAUACCAUUAUCCACCCGAGUACUACGGCCAUCACUUAUAAAGCUGAAUGCAGAGUCGAGCGGGUAAAUGGCAGUGAAAGUCGAAAAGUAUACGAAGUAAAUAAAUGAAGCCAACACUAAAAUUGAAAGGAUGGAGGCAGAAAACACAAGGCAGAAGAAUGGAAAAGGGCUGAACCGUUGGACAGGUGCUGAUCGAGAUGGCAUUUUUUUGUCAAACAUAUCGAGAAGAGGAGAGAGAUAAAGAAAAUGAAGGAAGAAGAGGAAGAGACGAGGGGAAAAAAAGGAGACAAGAAAGCCAACGAACCGUCAAGUGCGUCAGCUCGAAGAAUUCUUCGGUUGUUUCCGCUGGGGUGAACAAUUAUUUCAACAAGCAAAAACGUCAAAAAGCGUUUUAGCGGUAGAAUAAUACCACGAAUAAUAUUCGCCCACGAAAAUGCCCAUCGAGGGGGAGGAAGGAGUGAACCUGCGAACUAAGGGGUAGAGAAAAGCGCGACCAAAAAGAAGAAGAAAAAAAAUAAGAAACUAUUAAAAGAAUCGACUAAAACGACACAAAAGAUACGAAUGAAACAAACAAUUAGGGUGAGAAUAAUGAAAAGUGGAAGAUACGAAAGGGAGGAUUGGUCGCGACGAAAUUCAUGUGAUUGUUCUUUGUACAAAUAUUGCGGUGUAAUAUUGUAGUGAUUGAGAAAUAAAUGUUAAAUUUUAAUACGAUCGCAAUUGAAGAGGACUAUAUAAUGAAUAUAGUGGAUAUAGGCAAUUUUUUUUUAUUAUUUUUUUAGCGGGCACGUACAUUACCGAUGUUCGCAAAAAAAAAAAAAAAUCGGGGCAUGUCCGCUCGCUCGUGAACAAUGGAAUUGGAAAAGAGAGAAAGAGAUUUAAAAACGUCCUAGGACUCGUGCGAUAAAAUGAGGAGGAAAUAUUGCGACGAAAAGUGCUAAUGACCCUUGAGAAAGGCUCAAUAAAUUAUGAGAAAAGGGUACAGGGGCGGGGGGGGGGGGGGGUGGAAGUCGAAAGAAGGACGAGAAAAGGACACAAAGUGUUACGAGCGUCGACGUUCUCCUCGACUUAGGUGACAUUAAAUUUGUACAGUUCUUAAAUAUUAAUAAAUUUCACUAUUAAACCGAAGUAACUGAUAUAUUAUGUAUAAAAAAUAAACAUAAAAAAAAGAACAAAAACAAAAGGAAUAAAUAAUUAAAACGUUAAUUAACGAGACGCGCGGAGAGCCCUCCUCGACCAUUUGUAAAGUACGAAGGGAAUCCGGCGAGGGGCUGAGAGAGCAACUGAAACGUGCUAAAUUUCGAAAGAGAUUCGACGUCGAACAAGUGGGUCCCCGGAACUGAAAAUUGCGGGGAACGCGAAAGUGAUGAGGUGCAAACGCCGAGUGGCGCCACCUACACGUCGAAAAACGAUCCCAAGAAACUAUAAACACAGUGUUCUCGUGCCCUUAACCGGAAAUGGCGAAAACCAGAAAGCUGCUCGUCCUAGCUAUUUCAUUCGAAGCAACGGCAACAACAAUGGAAACGAAAAAAAUAAAAUAAAAAUCUAAUAAUUACAUUUUAUGGAUAAUAUAUUGUGUAUAAAUAGUUAAUUCAAUUGAGUGCGAAGGAGGGAUGGAGGCGGAUGAUGCGAAACGAGAUAAACACACGAAGGAGAAAAAAUGCUCGGAUGGACUCGGUGAAAACCAAAAAAGAACAAAAGAAGAAAAAACACAAAAAAUAUACGAAAAACGAUACUCGUUUUUACUGAAAAGACUAUUCGACGAUAAAAAAAAUCGACACGCUCGUUGGAAUUUCAAAUAAGCAAUGGGAAAUCUGACAAUCGAGAGAGAGAGAGAGAGAGAAAAAAAUAUCAUCAAAUUGAAACACACCGAUGACUCAAGUUGGGAUUUCGAAUCAAGUGAAAAAAAAAAAAACAAUUAUUCGAUAGAAUGAUCAACUCCCGUGAAGCUAAAAUUCACGUUGUUCAAACGGAAUUUGACACGACCCACCGAGCUAUAAUACUCAACGAUUUGUGGCGAUUUUUUUUUCGAUAGUCGCAAAAUAAUUGCAAAAGGUAUACGACAUAUUAAGACACACAAAAAAAUAUAUAUAUAUGAAAACAAAAAAAUUAAAAAUGCCCGGCGAAGCGAAAGCAAUGUAUUAUAGAAAUAUACAUAUUACGUGAGUAGAUUUAAUUUAGGGCUGAAAGUAACGAAAAUUUCAUUGAAAAAAUAGCCCUCCGCCGCCCCAACCCUCGCCCCUCCCGCCGUUUCGUUUCAUCAUCUGCGUCAGUUGCUCCCUUUCGUAUAUUUGUUUUUUCGUCUCUUCGUUGACGUUUUUUAUUUCAUUUUUUGUAUUUUUUUCUCUCUCUCUCUCUUUUUAUCUCUCGCUCUUGCUCUCGCGUGAAUUCGUUGUUACUGGGUCAUUGUAUUCGUCAAACAAGGCUCCGAUUUUGAAUGAGUUGGUUUGAAUUUUUUAAAAUGAAUUUCGAAAUGAUUUUUCAAUAAAUUGUAUAAUUUUCUAUUGCUCGUAAAACUCGUUCACAUAUUCGCACCUUUUUUCCUCGUGUUUCUUUGAAAUUUUAUCGUGUUCCCACAAACUCUUUCCAAUCACCCUCUACCCUCUUCACGAAGGGAAGCAAUUUUUUAAUAUAUAUAUUUCUAUACGAGAUAUACUGAUAUUCGCGAGCGCCCCUCUCCCUCAUGAUAUACGUAACUUGAAGAAAAACGUUUGGUUUUUUUCAAUCAAGGGUACUUCAAUGUGUACCAAAACAUCUGAACGCGCAGACGAGAAUUCUAAUGGCUUUUUCUGAUUUCACGAUCAGCAAUGUUCGUAUUAUCGUCGAUUCGUUAACUACUCGCCGGUUUGUUCGUUUUAUAUUUGAGAGAGAAAUUGCCACGAAAAACUUACAUUUUUUUCAACGUUUUUAUUGAUUGUGUUGAACAAUAAAAUCGAAUCGAUCACUGGAAUGGAUAACCAAAAAACUCGUUUUUACUAAAAUCAAAGAUACAAAAAAAAACAAUUUCUAUGAACUCCGACGAGUGCGUAAAAAAUUAAGAAAAUUCUCGUCUGAGCGCGAUGCAUAAUGGAAAAAAUUGUCGAAACAAAUUUGAAGAGAAAAUAAAAAAUUUAAAAAAGUAAUGAUAACAGAUUACUUGAAUAUAAAAGAAAUGUUAUCGAUAUUUUCACUACGCCUGCAUACACGUCAAGAUUACGAAGAAAAUAAUGAAGUAAUAAAACGAUAUGAAGCAUUGUAAAAUUUUUAAAUGUUCUCAAUGUCAUCGCGAGCGAAACUGAGGGAUCGUCACAAUUAAAUCAGCUUUGAAGAUUCAUUGUGUUUUCCUGCAUUGCACCGAGAAGCAAAAAUCUUUGUUGUCACAAAAAUUAUUCAUUCCUCGUGCAUGAAGAAAAUCGGUUUUUCUACAUUCCCGAUGCAAGUCAAAUUGUCUCGGUCCCUUCACGAAACUCGCUCGACGUUCUAGUAUACUAAAUGAAACAAAAAAAAUACCCACGUAUACCGAAAGACUCAGGUGCGAAUGUCGAUCGUUCAUUAUACAAAUAUUAUUUCUUCGUUAAUGGAAAUUGGAAGGAAAAAAAGAGAAAACAUCAUGUAAGUCGUUUCGUGAUCGUAUUCAUAAACCGUCGAUCGCUUUAUUCGCUCGUACAAAUUCGCUAUAUCGAAGAAAGAGUUGAGAAAACAAGCAAAAUUAAUUGACCUUGUCGAAAAUUGAUCAAUUUUUAAACUUUUUUUCUCUUUUAUUUGAAAAAAAACUCGAGUUGUUUAUCUCAUUUACUGACCGAGGUAUAUUUGAUUGUAAAAAGAAAAUACGAUAUUAGAUACACAGGGUAUUAUUAUUUAAGUGAACCCUCGACGAUCGUAGGAUUAACGUUUACAUGUACAUUUUUUAUCGUUCCUGACAUGUAACUUUUUAUCCUAUUUUCAUUUUAUUUAUAUGUAUAUUCAUAUAUAUAUGUAUGAAUACUUUUGUUAUUGCGGAAACAUCGACAAUCAAAGUGUUCAAACUCGUGAAAAAUUAACAGAACAAUUUUCGACAGCGUUUAAUGAGAAAAGGGGGAGGGGGAGGACGAAAAAGUUUCGAGUCGUGAUGGACAGUAGGAGGAUUUUCGGAUAAUUUUUUAAUCGAUGUAUUUGUUGACCAGUAGAUUGUUUAAUUUUGUUGAGAUCCGAGAUACUUCUAUUGUUCCUUCAACUUCUCGUAUAAAUGCAUUUUUAUUUCGAAAAGUCACGAUUGCUUUUAUAACAGAGAAAUACACAGGAAUUCGUAGAAAAGCUUUUUAUUCACUGGGCCAGAAAUUCCGAAAAUGCAUCGAGCACUCUAUCAAUUUUUUUUAUCGUUGACGAUUCAAUCAAUUUCGUGUUUUUUUAGCCACUUUCGAUUGGAAGUUUAGUUGUCAUUGCUAGUCAGCUUCAACCAGAGCAUAUAUAUAUAUGAAUGUAUAUUUACAUACGUAUAAAUAAAUGUUUAUAUGAAUGUGCACGCAGCUUUGGCCACGAAUAUGGAGUUUUUUUCGAAAAUUUCUGUCCUGGAUAUUUGUCAAGACAAGAAUGCAGUCGAUAUACAAAAACAAAUGGCAUCGAGCACGAUCAUGAACUGACCAGUUUUUCAAACAAAACAUAACAGUCAUUCAAGUUUUAUUUAAUAGACAGUUUUUUGGCCAAACUAGUGCACGUUCACGUAAAUGGGACUGCAAAGGUAAAUUAUUAUUGUGCAAUUGUCGAACGAAUCGAGAAGCUUUAAAAAUGUGAGUAAAGUGACGAGAGAUGUCACGAAACCAUGAAAAUGUGUCGUUGAUAAAUAAAAAUGCGUUUUAUCCAACUGCGCGAGCGAAUAAAGUGCACCGAUGCAAUGAGAAACGUCACUCAACGACCCAAUCAACAUUGGCUGUUCGUUAAAAUAAAAUAAAAAGAUUAAGAAAAUAACCAGAAGAAAUGGAAUGAAAGGAAAAAAAAUAACAAAAAUGAAAAAAAAAAAAGAGUUAAAGAAAACAUGAGUUCACUCGAUUGAAUCAUCGCCUUAAAAAUGUAUACGAAGUAACAGUUAAGGUAUCUAAGUAAUAAUCAUGUUAGAGAGUAAACGGAAGACGAGAAAGAUACGAGGAGGAAAAAGUAAAACCGAGUUUUUAUGCGCAGCGAUAUACGAGAGUGAGAGAAUAAAGAUGAAAUAGAAAAAAAAAUAAAGGAAGUGUGAGAGCGUGAGAGUAAAAGAGAGCAAGAGAGAGAGGGACAGAGAGCGAAAGAGAAAUAGGAGAAAACAGGUACGAUUUGUGCGUACGUGAAAUUGUGAGUAUGCGUGAAUGUAUAAGAGAGCAAGGAGAGACUAAAAAUUAAGGGAAUUUAAAAAAAAUAAAUAAUGCGCUCGAACGAGAAGUUAUAAUACGAAAGGGGAAGAGUGAACGUGAGAAAGAAAGAGAGAGAGAGAGAGAGAGAAAAAAAAUAAUGUAUAAUAAUUAUUGUAUAAUUAUGGAAUGAUGAUAAUAUGAUUAUGACGUUUAUGAUAAUGAUGAUUAUUAUCGUUAUCAUCAUAAUGAUAAAUGAUAAUUGAUAACGAUGAUGUAUAAUAAGCUAAAAUUUAUUGUAUCGGUAUGGAAUCAGAUUUUUUCCACUGUUUGCGCAUUGAUGACUAUUGACACCUAAGUAAAGAAAAAAAGGCAAAUAAAUUUAACAAAAGUGAAAAAAAAGAAAAAAACAAACAAACAAACCAUCAACAACAACCACAA